AUGUGCUUGAUAAACUGGUGUCAUUCUAGUAACUUUAGACUAAGAAAUUCGUUAGAAGCUUCUUAUUUGCCUGAUAUUAUUCAGAAUAUUGAUUUAUCUAAUCAAUUAGAAGAGUUUAAUAAGAAUAAUCAUAAUAAUGGGGUGGUGAAAACUAGUGAUGUCACUUUGCCGUUCGAAAAUAAGUCUAAUCGAGAAGGACGUUAUUUGUGUAAGAAGAAAAAGAAGAAAAAAUGGAAAAAACACACCAAAUAUUUGAUACCACUAAUAGUCGGGUGGCUAUUGAUAAAAUCAAUUUUACUACCAAUAGCCUUAAAAGCGCUUGCCCUUUUGAGUGGAAAAGCUGUCGUGCUGAGCUUAAUGAGCUUAAUUUUGGCUGCAAUCAUGGGACUGAGAAGACUUGCACAAGGCGGAUUGUUACCAAUGGCUUUGGGAUUCAGCGCUGGACCAACUGUGUAUUCCAAGUACAAUCGUCAGGAUUAUUCGGACCAUGAUAAUCAAUCUGAUUUUGCCGAUCCUUAUGAUUAUUACAAUGAUAGACAUCCGCCUAAUUAA